AUGGUCAACUCCAAUUCAGACCCUGAGCGUGCGCAGGGGCCUGUUACAACUUCCCUCUACCAUGGAGGACCUUCAUCUAUAUCGGUGGACAAGCUGACGAGGCGGAUGGGCGCUUCAAUGGAUAUCCCUGAAAAGCACCCCGCGAUGAACCACAGUGAAGAGUCACUCGAUGCCGGGUCCAACAUACUUGCCAAAGACGGCACGCACCGAUUUCUCAAGUCACGGCAUAUCCAGUUGAUUGGUAUCGGAGGCACCAUUGGUACAGCGCUUUACGUCCAGAUUGGCCAAAGCCUGCUUAACGGCGGUCCCGCCAGUUUAUUUCUGGCAUUCACAAUAUGGUUAGUCCUCAUAGCCCUGUUGAUGUACUCUUUUACCUGUCGUCAUGGCUUGCAUUUGCUUGGGGUUACUGUGUCUCAAAGAACCGUCAGUAUUGGUCUGGCUGAGAUGGUCGUAUACCUUCCCGUCUCCUCUCCUUUCAUCCAUUUUGCUGGCCGCUAUGUCGACGAAGCCUUUGGGGUAGCAGCCGGCUGGAAUUUCUUCGUCUUCGAAGCUGUGCAGGUGCCAUUCGAAAUCACUGCAUGUAGUAUGAUCAUCCACUACUGGAGUGAUGUGGUCCCAACAGUUGCAAUCAUAGUCAUUGUGCUUGUGCUCUAUGCAUUCCUGAAUGUCUUCGCCGUAAACUACUACGGCGAAGCCGAGUUCUGGCUUGCUCUGGGAAAAGUCUUACUCAGUAUAGGUCUGAUCAUUUUCACAUUUGUUGCAAUGUUGGGUGGCAAUCCCCAAAAGGACCGAUUUGGGUUUCGCUAUUGGCAAGAGCCUGGUUCAUUUGCAGAGUAUUACAAAACAGGAGACCUUGGGCGAUGGUUAGGAUUUCUUGCUUGCUUGAUCAAGGCGAGUUUUACCAUUGCGGGUCCCGACUAUGUGUCAAUGGCCGCUGGAGAAACUGAGAAUCCACGAAAGGUCUUGCCGAAAGCAUACAAUGGCGUCUUCUACCGACUCACGUCAUUCUUCGUUCUGGGAGCACUCUGCGUGGGUAUUUUGGUCCCUUAUAAUGACCCGACCAUGGUCAAUGCAUUCGAGAAGGAUCUACCUGGCGCGGCUGCAUCGCCAUAUGUCAUUGCGAUGGACAGACUGGGUAUUCCGGUUCUCCCGCAUAUUGUCAAUGCCAUGGUCCUUCUAGCUGCCUUCAGUGCAGGAAACAGCUAUGUCUAUUGCGCCAGCAGAUGUCUGUAUGGACUUGCACUGGAUAACAAAGCGCCGAGAAUCUUCAGGAAAUGCACGAAGAAUGGCGUUCCCAUCUACUGUGUGGGACUUGUCCUGCUGAUUGCGCUGCUUGCCUUCCUGCAAGUCUCCAACAGCGCAUCAGUUGUGCUUAAUUGGUUUAUCAACCUGGUUACUGCAUCGCAGUUGAUUAAUUUCUCGGUCGUUACCUUUUCCUAUACCCGCUUCAGGAAGGCACUUAUCACGCAAAACAUUCCCCGCAGUUAUCUCCCGUAUCAGAGUCUGGGUCAGCCUUACGUUGCCUAUGUAGCUCUGGUCUGCACGAUAGUCAUGGCAUUUGUGGGUGGGUAUGAAGUCUUUCUACCUGGAAAAUGGGAUAUUCCCACCUUUUUAUUCUCAUACACAAUGAUUGGGGUUUUCCCAAUAAUUUUCUUUGGGUGGAAGCUUUGGCACAAAACCCAGAUUCGAAAGCCUGAAGAAAUUGAUCUGAAGACCGGACUCGAUGAAAUUGAAGAGUAUGAAAGAAACCAUGUGUCUUUGCCUGCGAGCAAUAUAUUCUCGAGGUUUGCCGAUUGGAUUUUCGGCUAA